AUGAUGGUCGCCAUCACAAGCCGUAACGCGGGCAGUGUCAGGACACGGACUGUCGCAUCAGCACUGUACAACAUGUCGGUGCAGUUGUCGAAUAUCAUAUCUUCGCAAAUCUAUCGCGAAAAUGAUAAGCCGCUCUAUCGGACGGGGAAUAAGGUUCUGCUGGCUGUGCUUGCGUACAAUGUGAUAGUAUUCAUUGCCACGAAGCUGUUUUACGUGCACACCAAUAGGAAGCGUGAUGAGAUCUGGAGCGCUAUGAACACAGAGGAGAAAGAGGAGUAUCUGAGGACGACGAGGGAUCAAGUUCAUAAGAGGUUGGACUUUCGGUUUGCUCAUUGA